AGGGUGUGUGAUCACAUGAACCACUCUUCCCCUUCUACGUGUGUGACACCAGCCUCUGUGUCUCUCGGGCAGAGAAUAGAAAAGUUGGAGCAAAAUCUGAGUCAGCUCCAGCAGCUACCAGACACUCACAGCAACUCCCCUCCACAACAGACACACACCACCCGUCACUCCUGGCAGAAGGGAAGACAGGACCACAGGAGAAACUGUUACACACCUUUACUGCUUUCACAGCCAUCACCAGACGCUUUGCCCAGGAUGUGGACUCUUCUCUUGGGGGUCAUCUUUGGAUUACUGGCCUCUUCCAGGUCGGAAAUACUUCAAGUGAACAGCCGCAGCUGCAGCUAUGCCGGGGUGUUUCUAGUCGAAGGUGCAAGUCGUCACUCCCUGACUUUCAGCAUGGCUUUUAAGGUGUGCGAACAGCUCUCAAGCACCUUGGCAAGUCUGGAUCAACUCAAGCAGGCUUAUGAGAAGAACAUGGAAACCUGCAGGAACGGCUGGAACAACAAUGGGAGCACUGCCAUCCUCAGACACACACCACACGAGAACUGCGCAAAGAACAUGACUGGGUUGAUUACUCAUUCACGCAUAGAAGAAGGAGAUCGAUAUGAUGCCUACUGCUAUGAUGAAACAGAUGGGCCUGAGAAGAACUGUUCGAAAGCAUUUACAAUAAAUGAACAGUUACCCUCAGACGAACCAGCUGAGCCCUCAGCACAGCCUGAGGCUCUGACACCAGCAGAAGGCGAGGAGGGACCGGAGACGACUCCAAAAUCUCAACCCGAGGACGCCACUGAGAGUGAGGCUGGUCACACAACAGCAGCCCCUGGGGAAGGGGCUCCUGGGGAGGAGGAAGAAGCUGCAACUCCAUCAGCCACUGGCGUUACCACAGAGGUGAGGACAGAGGAGCCAGAAGACCCAACGAAGGAUCUUCCUGUAAAGGAAGACUCCUUUGGAAGGGGCGAGAACAGCAGCGUGGGACCCAUUUUUCCUACUGGAGACUUCGACCUGGCUGCUGGAUCUGGAAUGCAGCCACCUGUCUCUGGGGAUGACGGUAUCUCUCCAACGGCCCCUGUCGGAGCUCCAGAGGAAGCAAAACCCUCCAUUAUAAAUGAGCGACCCAAUGAGAAAAUAGAGUCAGACGGAGAUGUUGCCAAAUCAGACCCUCCACAGCAGCGACCUAAUGGCAAAGGAAGGGUCAUGGGCGACGUUGCACCCGGAAAUAACAAAGACGAGAGCGGCGGUUCAUCAAACUGGCUGGUCAUUAUUGGGGUGAUUGUGGCAGUUGCUGCUAUUCUCCUUGUAUGUGCAGCUGUCGCCAAAAGAAAAAGCUGGUGCGGCAGGCAGCAAACCCUCAUGAUCACAUCCAAAGAUGGCGGCGAGGGCAACGGGGCAGCAGCCUCGGCCUCCAGCUCACACAACCAGGAGAGGGAGCAAGAAAUGGUGACUCUCAUGAACAAGGAGAAGAUCCAGGAGAACGGCAACACCGAGGAGUUCACCGUCAUCACAUUAGAGGAGUCGACAGAUAAAGAGCAGCUGGCGUGAGGACAGACAGGAAAGAGUUGGCAUAAGGAGGGAGGAGAGUGAGGAAGAUGAGUCGGGAGAGUAGGCAGGUGGGGGUUGGGGGCUCCAAACGCUGGGGUUGUAAACUGCUUUCCAGCACUGAAUGGACACCAGGUGUGUUAUUUAGGGAGACUGUCUCCACUGAGGUACACAGCGUUGUAUUGGCUCUGAAGCCUCUCAGUGAGACCAGGUCUUUUUAAAAACCAACAUGUGCAGCAUUUUGUUUGUCUACCGGGUUAGUUAGGGGCUGGAUGGUGGUCAGCAGGGCGUGGGAAUGUGUUUUGUGUCAGUUCAUGUGUUUGUGAAUUUAUAAGCUGUGUCGACAAUGGGGCUGAGUGGGUUUUAAUGGUGGGUGAUUUUACAAAUUAUUCUCCCUUCAUUGAUUUGUUGGAUCCAAAAACGUCAGACUGUUCAGCCUAAGUGGGGAAUAAUAACAAAUCACCAAGGAGAACUGAUUUAUUUCAUCUGAAAUUCUAGAAGAAGAAAAAAAAGUUUUUAAGCAAAAAUUCCUUCUUGGUGUUUUCUGUGUAUUUAAUUUUGUUUGUUCCGUUGGCUUCUUGUUGUUGCCUUGUGUAUAGUUCAGACAUUGCCUGUGAACUGGAAUUUGGGUUUUUCCAUUUUCAAGCAAACUGGGGGUGUCACUUCUUUAAUUUAUGCAGCUUUGAUCCCCUUUUUCUUGGUCUUUGUAUAUAAAGUAUAUGUUUUGAAAAAAACUUAGCAAUAGCUGCCAGUGCUUUUUUUGUUUUUUUGGUAGAUAAGGGGCUUUGUGUCUCUUUUGAGUAAAGGAAUGUGUCCAUUUUGGGGGAGUUAUUUAAUUAGAAACUGUGCCUCAGAGGUAAAUGAUUGUGAAUGGAUAUUGUAAGAAUCAACUUGAUGUAUAGCAUCCUAAAUUGUGCACUUUUUUUGCACCACUGAAGUCAGUUAAUAUGACAUUUAUAUUGGGUUGGCAAUGUGGUGAUGAUAUCCUGAGGAUAAGAAAAGUUCUAAUAAUGAUGUAUACAUACUAUAUACACAGUGUGUACAAUGAUUAGGGAAAUAAAGAAAGCGCAAAAGAGAGAACUGGAAUGAAUCUAUAGCACAUUAACCAUUUUUGGAUGCAAAUUUAAGCAAAAUCUUUUGAUAAGUGAGUGACAGAAGCUUAGAUGUAGAUAUCGGAUUCAAUAGCACAUAAGAUAAAGGGGGCACCGUGUGCUGUAAACACAUGUUAAAGGUUUCUUCAUAGAAAAACAGAGACUGUGACAACACUGUCUGUGUUCUCCCGAGGGAGGGGGUUGUGAUGAAUGAAGCUUGUGUGCUUGCUGAAGCCUCGUGUGCCAGUUGCUCUGUACAUUCAUACAUGUAAACAAAAUGCUGCAGUUUUUCUACUGACCUUCUCAUCAGUAAAAUAUAUCAUACAUUGUGUCAUAUCAAUAUUAUUCCCUGUGUGACCGCGAUUGUUUUUUCUGCCUGGUUUUCAGUAUAAAGCUGAAUUAUAUACAGUGAUGGCAAACAGAUUUUUGUUUCUGAUUUCAUCCCUUUUUUUUGCUUUUCUAUAAUUUGUUUUGACGAGAAGUAGCAAAUGUACUAGAUUAGGAAGGUUUUAUGACAAAUUAACAACAAAAAAAGAAGAAACAUAUCGCUGAAAACAUUUGUAAAGUCAUGAAUGAAAUAAAUGUGCAUAGAAAUAGA